GCAUUCGAAUUAAUUUUAAAAGAAACCUCUGGAACCUUCUAUAACACCUGCUUUUUAUUUAUUUUUCUGUAUAUAUAAUUUAUAUAGGUGAGAAAGGCAGCCCGCUAAAAUAGUCGAGAAAAUUUUCAAGGCAGAACCACUCCUGCUACAUCAAUUCGUUUUAUAAUUGGCUCUAUACAAAUGUCCAGCAACGGAACUUGUUACUAUUCCGUGCUAGGGUUACGUAAACAAGCUUCUGCUAUCGAAAUCCGUGCCGCUUACAGGAAGCUUGCUCUGAAAUGGCAUCCAGAUAGAUGGAUGAAAGACCCCUUGGUUGCUGGAGAAGCGAAAUGCCGAUUUCAGCAAAUACAAGAGGCUUAUGCAGUUUUAUCAGAUGAAGGAAAGAGAAGAAUUUAUGAUGCCGGAUUGUUGAGUCUUGUCGCUGACGAUGAGGAUGAAGGGUUUUGUGAUUUCAUACAAGAAAUGGCUUUGAUGAUGGAAAGUGUGAAUCCACAGGGAUGCAGCUUGGAGGAUCUUCAAGGAUUAUUAAUGGAGAUGAUGGAAGAGAAUGAAAGAACAAAAUUUGAAUAUGAAUGGUAUAUUUGUCAAACAGCAAGGAAAAAGUGUCGUGUCAACUGAAUUUUGAUGCUUAAAUCUUAAUUCCUGUGGCAAUAUUAAAUCUAAAUUAAUGUCAAUGCUAAGAGAAAUUGGAAAAUAAAUUUGUGCAGAACCAUGGACUUCCAAAUAAUUUGAUAGUCACAAAUUAAUGGCUUCUUAUGUUAAUAUAUAUGUUCAUUAAAGCUUAUACUCUUAAAAACUAUUUCAAAAUUAUUACAUCA